GACCGCCAAUAUUCCAUGAUUUGGCCUUCGUCGCAGCUUGAACAGAUCAGGACAGUCGUUUAUUUUGCUAUGAUGAUCUAAAUCCCUGCUGCAGGCUGCCUGGAAAUUCUGAUUUGACCCCAUCACACGGCUUGUUCCUCGUCAUUCGUUCACCUGGGCCACGUAACUGCGCGUGCCCAUAUAGAUUUCCGUUCACGUCAAGCCUGCGCCCGGUUCGGCCUUUUGACGACAUCCUGAUCUGCUCUUCCUUCCUCCUUUUCUGCCACGCUUCAGUAUGGCGACGCAAGAGCAGAAUCUCGAGAGAUUCGAGACUGCACCCGAGGCAAAUGGAAACGUCAAAAUCCCCAGCAUUAAUGUCGAGCGGGCAGAAUCCGCUCGAGAGUCCAUUCCUCCUGCAGGGCAGUUAUUGACGGGCAAGCAAGAACAUUACCUCAAAAGAGAACUAAUUUCGAGACAAGUCCAUGAUGAGAUUCAGGAACUCAAUACUCCGACGGCCCUGCAGCGCUUCGGGGCACCCUUCCGGUCGGAAUAUGGCGAAGUCUCUCCUGUAGACUCGGAAUUGCCCAUCCUACGCUACAUCUUCGUCAACCAUGUCCGAAAGUUCCCCUUCCUCAAUCAAGCCAAAGAGAAAGAAUUCUGGCAAGAUAAGUUACAAGUAUUCCUCGAGUCUUUCGCAAGCAAAUACAUCUCCUCGUCAGAGGACAGACUGGAAGAGACCAAGAGGAGGAAGCUAGCAAAGAAAUCCGAGAAGCUUGUCGAGCUGAUGAUGGUCUCGGGUAUACCUACAGCUUCUGGCUAUGAGGAACGAAUACGUUUCGCGGAGAUGGAGGUUGUUGAGAGAGGUGCGAAUGAGCAGGGUCUCGUGGUGAACCAACCCGAAGGGAACUAUAUCAACGGCUGGGAUGUUAAUGUCGCCGCUGUCAGAAUCACGUCGGUGAAGAGGAGAGUUCGCUACCACCAGCACGCAGAAUUCUUAAUUCGUGUCAAGCGAGUGGAGCAGCCUGAAAUCUACGUUGGAAGGAGAUACGGAGACUUCGCCAAACUGCACAAAAACUUGCGGAGGGAAAUGCCUGGGAAGGUACUCCCGCCAUUACCUAGGAAGAACAAAAGCUCGACCCUAUCGUCGAUGAUGCCAGGUGGAGAUGACGAUGGCUCAUCUAUAUCGUCUGUCUCCACACAGGCGUCUGUUGCAGAAGACACAAGCAGGAGCUUCACGCCCAAGCAUCAACGAUUUAAAUCUUCUUUGAGUCUGGGAACUGGCUCCGGUACGGGAUCACCCAGGAAUCGAGCAUCGCCUCGACCUAGCUGGUCCCGAGAACCCAGCCCACAACCCAUAAGACUGCACCGUGAAGAUCAGCGAGUCUCACUGAGGGCCUUUCUAAGGACUAUACUUCAGAAUCCUCAAAUCGCCGAAUCCAAGUCAGUAGCUGAAUUCUUCAGUUCCCAACCUGUCACUUUGAACGAGGAGGAGCUUGAAGACGUGGCCAGGCGCAAAGAGAUGGACGCAAGACGAUUGGAAGAGCAAAGACAAUUCUACGAAAUUGCCCGAAAACGAGCGGCGGAGCUUGAUACAUAUAUGGAGAAGUUCCGGAGAGACAUUGUGGAGAGUAACGGCCUCACAAAGCUGUUUUCCGAGAUCCGGCAAAAAGAGAAACUUGAAGACCUCAGUCCCGAGUACAAGAAGUUUGCGGAGUGGUUGAGGAUAGAGGUGGCAGCCACCAUCUACCACCUGUUCCUUGCCGAGGACAACUCACCCGAGCUCUUUGCACAGGCCAAGCGCAUACAUUCUUUGGUACCGUAUACUGUGUUGAAGAACGUGAUACGAAUAGCGAAUCCUGCAGCCGUCAUGUCGGGAGUUCUGGACCUGUUCCUGGCGCAGCCAUUUGGGACCAAGUCACUCCUUCAACGCAUCUUUGCACAAGCACUCGCGGAUGGCAUACGACAGUUUCAAAGAUCCAUCGAUGACCUGGUCGCGAAGGUGGCAGAUCCAGUACUAACCAACAAACUCAAAGCGUUUGUAGACAGCCCGGAGGAGAUCAAAUCUAUGGUGAGAGAAGAGGCUCAAAGCGAAAAUAUCGAUCUCGUGGUGGCCAUCCUGCGAUCGGAAGAAUUCAAGCCUGAAUUGACGUCGCAGCAGAUCCAGCGAGUGUACAAUGCGUGGGUUGCCUGGAAUAGUGCGGUCGAAAAUGACGACGAAGAACUCAGGCAAGGAGCCGAGAUGUUCUCUCAGCUGAAGCAACUGCUGAAACUGAUGACCCGACAACGGGACAAAGCUAUGAUGGCUGCCAUGAUUGAGGAGCCCACGACGCUGCAACUCUUCCGAGAUUUGUUCACCAUCUUCUAUGAGCCUUUAAUUCGAGUAUACAAGUCCGCCAACGUGUACAGCAGCAUCACGGAUUUCGCACAAUUUGCGGACGAUGUCAUCAAGACUGUGGAGAUUGCGCAGCGGCAGGAUGUUUCUGCUGAUCCCAACCAAACAGUCCAAAUGUUUAUUGACUUGUGUGCGCGGCAUGAGCAUAAUCUUUACAAGUUCAUCCACGAAGUACACAUCCAUGACAACGGCCUAUUCACCGCACUGAUGGGAUGGAUUGAAGAUAUUCUGGAGUUCUUGAGGAAAGGACCGCAGGGGGGCAGAUUAGACAUGAACGCGAUCUUCCAGGGUGCACUGGACAUGAGCGUGAUUGAUAAAGAAAUCUGCAUCAUGGAGAUCAAGGCUUUAAUCGAAUGGCAGGAGGCUCGAAAGAAAUGGCACAGCGACAAGACGAGGCAAAAGAUGGCCGCCGAGGGCACCGGUUCUGCUGAAGGCCCUCCUGGGAUGUCGUCGUUCAGAAGCAGCGACUUUGGACUACAUGAGGCGGAUCUCAUGGAUCUUAGGAUAUCUGACGAGGAAGAUGGUGAAGACAGCGAGGAUGAAGACAUAGAAGAUGAUCUGGAUCCAAUUCAAGCCGAGCGACGCAGACGGAAAAAGGCACAGGACCGGCUGCGGCGUAGUGCCGGCGAGCCGGUCAAGCCGGACGUCACAGAGGUGUUGAAAAUGAAGGAUCCUUUCCUGGCCAUGCUGAGGAUGGUUCUGAGCGAUUAGUGCUACGAGCGGAAAAACUCCUUUUCGCACGAUGUUCAGCAUGGCCCAGCAUGUGACAGCUGUACUUUCCCUAGGCACUCCCACUCGCAUCAGGCGUAUCUUGCAUACGAAGACAGCCUGAAGCAGAAAGUCGACGUGCAGAGUGUUUCAUGAUUUCCAGCCGGUUGACGAAUGGUAGAAUUGAACGGCCAAAAUGAGGCUGUUUGGCAUUCUUAUUGGCAGCAUGCUGGGAAAUAGGCAGCGGGUAGGCUGACCUUUCUUGGUGAUGUGGAUUUUCAUUUGCAUAGAGCAAGCAUUGAUUCAGGAUUGGACAAGCGCAAGGGAAUCGGCCAGUGGCUGGCUUCAAACACUCGUCCAGUUGUGAUGAGGCAGUGGUCUGUUCUGCAGAAGCGAGAAAUCAGGUCGCGCGCAGUUUGAAGAUCAAGACGUGUGUGGGAGCCGAUAGCCUGUUCGAGCGUAAAGGAUGGAGCGGAAGUGGCUGUGAGAGGUGCGUCAUCUCGAGUCGCAGGGCUUCGCUUAGGGAUGGCGCUGCAUGGCAUGUGCACUGCAACCUCAAUGUUUACCGCGUCCUACAUCCGAGGCAUCAAUUGCAGGGUAUGAGUUACACAGCGCCAUGGAGGAGGAGAAAAAGUACUUUCGU